UCCACGGCAUCCCACUGCGCUUCGGCCACAAUCAGAAAGCGCCCCACGCCCGCAUCCGCAUGCAUCUCGCCGCCGACUACCCGCACCGCGGCGGCCGCCUGGGCCACUGGACCCUCGCGGCCGCCUUCCUCCGCACCGAGAACCGUCGCCGCGCGAUCGCAGGCUGCGCCGUCCUCGCCUCGGCGCUGCUCCUCGUGGCCACGCCGCGCCUCCGCCACUCCCCGGCGCUCCACCUCUUCGCCGACAUGCGCAACCUCCUCGGCGUGCCCAACACACUCAACGUGCUCACCGCCUACCCGCUUCUCCUUGUGGGCGUACCAGGACUCGUCCUUUGCCUCUGCGGCAGUGGAUGCUUCGGCAUCAGCUUGAGGUGGGAGGCCUUGGGAUGGUUCCUCUUCUAUGCUGGGAAUAUAGGAGCAGCAUUUGGCUCAGCUUACUAUCACCUCAAGCCAGAUGAUGACCGUUUAAUUUGGGACAGGUUGCCGAUGAUGAUAUCAGCCUCCUCACUUUUGUCUAUAUUAGUAAUUGAAAGAGUUGAUGAGGGGGCUGGGUUAUCUUGUUUGAUCUCGCUCUUGUCUCUCUUACUGGUGAGCAGCGCGUGUGAAAGGGUUCUUGAUGAUAUGCGUCUCUGGGUAGUUCUAAAUUUCAUUCCUUGUGUUGCGAUUCCUGCAAUGUUAUUCUUGUUCCCACCAAAGUAUACACACUCCAGAUUUUGGUUUCUUGCUACAGGCUUUUACCUUUUGGCAAGAUUUGAAGGUCUUGCUGACAGAAAGGUUUACAGUGUUAAUAGAUACUUCAUUAGUGGUCAUUCCUUGGAGCACCUUUGCUUUGCCAUGGUUACCUUGAUACUUACUGUGAUGCUAUCAUUCAGAAAUAUUAAGAUUGCCAGGGACUCAUGACCGCCACUGUACCAUUGCUGAUCAUAUUAUGGGGCCGAACUCCUAUUGCAAUUUUUAUGUUCGGAGGAGGCCCUCCGCUGACUGACGUAUCCUGCGCGGGUGUGGCUGGCAGUCUCUCCUUCCCUCACGUGUUCCAUAUUGGUGGUGGCAUAUACAAGGGCCGAGACAUUAUUUGAUCCGAGUGUUUGUGUUGUAGCAUUUACUUGUAUCUGGAGCUUGUUAACCAGAAAAAUAGAAGUUAAAUUGGAGGACGAGAUUUCAAGCCUGAAGAUUUCGGCUGUCACACAACCAUCUCUUUUGUUUCUCAUUAUAGUUUGCAUCCUUGUAUAGUUGUAUGAUUGUCCGAGGCUUUAUCAGUUGAUAGAUACGAUUGUUUCUUUUAA